UAGAAGUACGCAGUUUGUGUUUGUCGAUCCCAGACGAUCGGAUUCCCUUUCAGACCAAACCAGCAGCUUCCUCUGAGUGAGUCCAGCUGCAGGAGAGAAAAGUGGAAACCUCCAACACUGCUGCUUCAAGCUGCUCACACUCCACACACUGAAGCUUCACUCAGAGACUAAAUGGCUUCCAGACCAGAGGAGGAUCUCUGCUGCCCGGUCUGUCACGAUGUCUUCAAGGAGCCAGUUCUUCUGUCAUGUAGCCACAGCUUCUGUAAGGAGUGUCUGCAGGACUGGUGGAGAGAGGACCUUAAACGACACUGUCCAGUUUGCAAGAGAAGGUCUUCAAAAGAUUCUCCACCUGUAAGUCUGGCUCUGAAGAAUCUGUGUGAGACCUUCUUACGGCAGAGAGAGCAGAGAGCUUCAGAGGAUCUCUGCAGUCUGCACUCUGAGAAACUCAGACUCUUCUGUCUGGACCAUCAGCAGCCAGUGUGUCUCGUCUGCAGAGAUUCAGAAAAACACACCGAGCACAGAUUCAGACCCAUCGAUGAAGCUGCUCAGCAACACAAGAAGAAACUUCAGGAAACUCUGGAACCUUUGAAGGAGAAGCUGGAACUCAGGAAGAAAGUUCAAGAGGAGUUUGAUCAGACAGCAGAACACAUGAAGGUCCAGGCCCGACACACAGAGAGGCUGAUUAAGGAGCAGUUUAAGAAGCUUCAUCAGUUUCUAGCAGAGGAAGAGGAGGCCAGGCUGGCUGCACUGAGGGAGGAAGAGGAGCAGAAGAGAGGGAUGAUGAGGGAGAAGAUGGAGGCUCUGAGCAGAGAGAUAGCAGUUCUUUCAGACACAGUCAGAGCCACAGAGGAGGAGCUGAGAGCUGAAGACGUCUCAUUCCUGCACAACUACAAGGCUGCAUUGAAAAGAGUCCAGCGCUGCCCCCUGCUGGAGGAUCCACAGCUGCCCUCAGGAGCUCUCAUAGACCAGGCCAAACAUCUGGGCAACCUGGCCUUCAACAUCUGGAGCAACAUGAAGGACAUGGUGUCCUACACUCCUCUCAUCCUGGACCCAAACACUGCUGGUUCUCAUCUCAUUCUGUCUGAAGAUCUCACCAGUGGGACAGAAGGAGAGGAACAGAAGCUUCCUGAUAAUCCAGAGAGAUUCGAGUCUUGGUGUUCUGUCCUGAGUUCUGAGGGCUUUAACUCAGGGAACCACAGCUGGGAUGUUGAUGUUGGAGACAGUGAAGAAUGGGUCCUUGGAGUUUUAGAAGAAUCUGUCCAGAGGAAGGGAGAAGAAAAGUCUGGACGUCUGGUAGUACAGUUCCAUGACAGUGAAUACUCAGCAUGGUCUUCACCGUCUCCUCCCACAUUUGUCUCAGUUCAGAAGAAGCUCCAGAGGAUCAGAGUGAAUCUGGACUGGGACAGAGGAAAGCUGUCCUUCUCUGAUCUGGACACUAACACACACAUACACACCUUCACACACAACUUCACUGACAAGAUGUUUCCACGCUUCUCCACUGCUGGUAAAAUAAAAAUCUUACCCAUGAAGAUCUCAGUGAGCAAACAGCAGCUCUGAUGUUCUCAGCAUGAAGAACACAAAGUCCAAAUGAAACCUUAUUUAUCUGAUUGAAACUCAGCAUUUGAAACAGGAAACUGGAGAUGAUCUGAUCUGACUGAUCAUCUGGUUGUUUUCAGGUCAGUUUCAGAUCUGCUUCAUAAUCUGUCCAGAUGCUGCAAACUAAGACAUGAAGUGGAUGAUGUGGAGUUUAGUUUGGUUCUGACAGCAGAUCCAGGUGUGCUGAUCAUGAACAGGGAACAGGUGAGGUUAGUGGAGACAUCAGGACCCUGGAGAGUUCUGCUGAUGGAAACAAACUGAGAUCCAAACAUCCACACUGAUGAACGCUGCAGAAGAAACUCAGAGGUUUUCAUGUUUAGUUCAGGAACAUCUCAACAGAGUUCAUCUAAAAAUAAGUUAACAAACAAACAUUGUGUCUUGGUACUUCAAAUCCUGGAACCACAGUGUUCAUGGUGAAGUUUUCUAUUCCAGCUUUGUUCAACCGGUCUAGAAGGUUCUGUUUAUCUCUGUUAGUUGAAGGCUUAUUAAGAUUUUCUGUUGGCUCCUGGGCCAACCUGCAUCACAUUUAUUAAUUAUGAAUUCAUGCCGCUUGAAGCACUGCUGCCUUGUGUCAUAAAGGUUAAGGGUUUCUCUCUAUGUGCUCUGUUUUCCCCCUACAGUAUUGAAGGUAACUGUAGAUUGUACCAUGUUGUCCCACACAGCCAUUAAUAAAUCAUUGCAAAAUGUUGCAUGUGAAAGUCCCGGUGAAAUUAAAUGCUGGGAUGCUGGAAUAUAUUUAAUCCUAUGUCUGCCAUGUGCAUGAUGGUUUGGUCCAAACCCAAGCUGCAGCCAUCAUUUUUUCUGUAAGAUUUUACUGCAUGUUUAAUCCAAUAAUCAGUAAAAUAAAAAUCUGUACUAAA